AAUCGUUUUCUGCUUACCCCAGAAUGACGAAUGUUGGCAAAUCUUCUCUUUCCAAGAAUGUCUUGCAAAUGAAGUUCAUGCAGAGAAGUGCUCUACAGAUAGAAAAAGAGAAAACAGAAGAGGAGAAACAGAAAGUCAUAGAUGAUGAACAUUGGGUCCUAGAUUUACCUGAAACAGAACAGAAAGAAUGCAAAUACAUUAUUGAAGGAAAUAUUGCCCAUAUUGAAAAUCUGCAGUUUGGAAGAUUUUCAUUUAAUGGCUGUAACCCAGAGGUUGAGAAGUUGAUGAAAAUCCAUAAUACAGAGAGAGAGCUGGAGGAGGCAGCAGCAAGAGAGGCUCAGAACUCGGUCAAUGAUCAGGAGAUGGCGCAGAGAUACAAGUCUUUAUCACAAACCAUUGCCAAAAAAUUUGCCAAGAAGAGGAAACGAGCGGAGAUUGAUGAGUCUUUUGAUAAGGAGAGUUCUCAUGUAACUGUUGAUGAGGAAACAUUAAAAAAGGGAAAAAAGAAGUCCUCUAAAAGAAAAUUCCUGAAGCCAAAAGAUGACUGAAAUGAAAACCACGUUAAUUGUCUGCAGUAUAACCACAGAUCUAUCAGAGUUGAGUACAAGUUUGCAGACCUAGUGGGCCUGAUAGAUUGAUCACUGGGAUUUUUGGUUAUUGUCAGAACAAGUUUCCUCCAAAAGGAAGAUUGUGGCGUAAGUUAUUUCCCUUUGAUGGCAGCAGACUAUGCUAUUUACAUGAAUGAUGACCCAAAGUUGAUAAAAUUAGAUUUCAAAACAAAAGUGAAUGUACAAUGUCAAGUUAACAUUUCAAAAAGUUAAGUUAAGAAGGCUAUUUAAUGACCUUUUUCUACACAUCACCUUACUGUAAAUCACAAAGGUGUGUAUGCAUAUUGAAUAAUGUGUGACAUUAAAAAAUAUGGCAUAUUGUGAAAGGGUGGAUUUGAACUUUUAGAAUUUAAUGUAUUAAAAUCAUUUUUAUGCCCCCCUUUGAAGAAGGAAGGGCAUAUUGCUUUGCUGCUGUUUGUAGGUCUGUCUGUCUGUUGCUCUACCAACAGUUUCCAUUCAUCUUCUUUGCAGAGAUUGCAAAUACUGAAAUGAAAAUUGGUAUACAGAUAUAUCAUAAAAAUAUCUAGGUCAAGUUCUGUUUCGGGUAGGAUCGAACGAUUUUUGACAGAGUUAUGCCCCUUGGUGUUUGAAAAAUUCCAAUUAUUUGCAGUUUCCGUUCAUUUUCAUUGCAGAGGUUGCACAUACUGAUAUGAAAUUUGCUAUACAGAUUUAUCAUAAGUAUAUCUAGGAUAAAUUGUGUUUUGAUUAUGAUCAAGCAAUUUUUGACAGAAUUAUGCUCCUUGGACUGAGGAAAAUGCCAAUUAUUUGCAGUUUCCAUCCAUUUUCUUUGCAGAGGUUGCAAAUACUGAAAUGAAAAUUGGUAUACAGAUUUAUCAUAAAAAUAUCUAGGUCAAGUUCUGUUUUGGGUAGGAUCGAACAAUUUUUGACAGAGUUAUGCCCCUUGGACUCAGAA